AUGUCCACAAAUUUUACAAACGAGUCAUUAAGAAGUCAGGGGAAUUGCGAAAUUUCGGCGGACUCGUCCCCUUUGAAAAUUGGCAAAUUGUUUCUUCUGUCCAUUAUUUUGACAUUUGGCUUGGUUGGAAAUGUUCUUAUCAUAACUUUGGUACGUGUGCGAGAAGAGCUCAGAAGGACGAUAAAUUCAUUUAUAGUUAACAUGGCGGCCUCCGAUCUUAUUCUACCGAUAUUGUUAAUGCCAUUUAGCUUGAAAGAAAGUGCGGCCAAUUCCUCAAAUUACCAGUGGCCUAUCAGUGGAAAGCUUGGUUCAAUCUCUUGCAGACUAAAUAUAUUUCUGGUUGCAGUCUCGAUGACAGUUUCUGUGCAAAGUCUUCUCUGGAUUUCACUGGAUCGAUUUAUGGCGGUAGUGAUGCCAUUGAAAGCGCAUCUUAUCUCCUCAAGAUUUCGUGCGUUUGCAAUCACGUCCACCUGGAUCGUAGCGGUAAUAAUCAAUUCAAUAGAUCUGUGCACAACUAAGUUAGUCGAAUACGAUGGCAAUUUCUAUUGCAUAAGAGAGAACAUUACUUCAUGGACACUUAACAUCUUCGGGUAUGGGCGUUUUUUCCUUGUAUCCAUCGCUCCAUUGAUUGUAAUAACUGUUCUGUAUUCUGCCAUAGCUGUCACGUUACGAAGACAAAACAUAAGCCUUCGUUGUACAGCGGUCAAGAAGAACGAUCAAAGGAGAAGGCAAGCUGUUAAGAUGACUCUGUGCAUUAUAGUUUCGUUUAAUCUUUGCGUUACUCCUUACAUCGUAUUCGGAAUGGCUUAUCUAUCAGGGGAAAAACUACCUUGUUCGGUAAAUGGAUUGCUUGGCUUUUUUUCGGUUCUUGGCAUCUACCUAUCUUCUACUACUAAUCCUCUUAUUUGCUUUAUAUUUGUUAAAAACUACAGACGGGGAUUAAGGUGGCUAUUUUCUUUGUGCCCAAGUAAUAGAAGGGAUACGCAAAAUAUGGUAAGGGAAAGGAAGAUGGAUGAAAUUAACGUUCAA